GUCUAUCAGGGGAACUAAUAUAUCUCAUGGAUCGAAGAAUGCCCUGAACAAGAAGUGUGAGUACCAUGUAAGUAACACACUUUUAACUCCUUCCUGUCAUGUCUGGAUGGUGCCAGUGGGUUGAGGAAAGAGGUGUUUGCCAAGCUCAGCCUCUCUUUCAUGUGUGAUAGUCUCGGCAUGCGACCCAUACUAACCUUCCCAGGCUCUCCAUGGAAAGAAGCCCAGUAUCCCUCGUACAUAAAGUACCUCUGUAACAACAGCAUCCAGUCCGCGAGUGACCUAGAAAGAGGACGAGGCUGGAUGCUCCACAAACAAACUGUUAACAGGUGAUAAAAAUGCCCUCAGACAGCAAGAAGUGGACCCCAGAGGACCAGGAAACGGUCACCAGCAAGUUACAGCGUAAAAUGAAACAGUCCCCUCUUUUCCCUGUGGGGUUAGCUGGAUUUGCUGCCAUUGCUGUUUAUGGGCUUUACAGAUUGAAGCAGAGAGGCAAUGUUAAAAUGUCUAUUCACCUGAUACACACACGGAUUGCUGCACAAGCCUGUGUGGUGGGGGCCACUGCCUUGGGCACAAUCUACACAAUGUACAAGGAUUACAGGCAUCCGAAGGCAACAGACAGUGCAGCUGUACAGCAAAGGGAAGGCCACUCUACAAAGGAGUAACUAUGAAACCUGCUACACAACUGAUCUGUGACAUUGUCUGUGACAAUUUGUCUUCUCUGUUUUGGUUUUCUUCAUAGCAAUUAAUAAAAAUCAUCUACAGCCAG